UGAAGGAAGAAUGGAGUUUCCAGACCAUAGCCGCCAGUUGCUGCAGUGUCUGAGUCAGCAGCGUCACCAGGGCUUCCUGUGUGACUGUACUGUUUUAGUUGGAGAAGCUCAAUUCAGAGCUCACAGAGCCGUUCUUGCCUCUUGCAGUAUGUACUUCCAUCUUUUCUACAGGGACCAGUUAGACAAAAGAGAUAUUGUGCAUCUGAACAGUGACAUUGUCACAGCCCCUGCCUUCAGCCUGCUGCUCGAAUUCAUGUACGAGGGAAAGCUGGAAUUCAACAGUCUCCCGGUCGAAGAUGUGCUGGCUGCAGCUAGCUACCUUCACAUGUAUGACAUUGUGAAAGUCUGCAAGGGCAAGUUGAAAGAUAAAGAAUUAUGUUCGGAAGAGAAGAUUAAUGAUGAGGUGGCUAGUUUGGAGAAAGCGGAGCAUUUUCUAGACGCCGGAGUGCCCCUGGUCCACGAGUUUGACCCAGGAAACAAACAAAAAUUCAGCGUUGCAGAAUACGAGAGAGCAGCAGGCAAAGAAAAGGUCAGCAGUCACCCCGCCUGGUCCUCUGAUCAUAUAAGUGUCAGCUCUGUGCCGACAGAGGCAGAACCGUGCGCCGCAGCAGCUGGAAAAACAAAGGCUAAUGUCAAUAGUUCCACAGGACCUUUGUCCCAAAGGUCUGUUAACCAUCCCCUGGCUUCGAGUGAUGUGGACUGCGCGCUGGAUUUGUCUUUCAAGCCUGUGCCGGGGAGAGAUUCCUUACACCCCUCCUAUGUCUUUGGACAGCUGGCUUCCGACAGCCAGCAGCAGGGUACCGAGCCACUUGUUAAAGAUGAACAAGACUUGCUGUCAGAUCAGGAGGACGGCGAAGCCAGGAGUCCGGAGAGUCAGCAUUUUGGGAAUUCAGCCAAAAGCCUAGUGACAGGGUUAGGACACAUGUUCGCGGGGAAUGGCAGCUCUCAUGCCCGAGAGGAGGAUAUAGAUCAAGAGCGAGAUGAAAGCGAGGACGACAUGGAUUCGUCAGACAUCUCCUCCUCGGGUGUCCUCGUGCCUCCUGGGCAUAUCUGCAUUUGUCCCCUCUGUAGCAAGGUGUUCCCGAGCCCCCACAUCCUUCAGCUGCACCUGAGCUCUCACUUCCGCGACAAGGAUGGCUCCCGGACCCGCCUGUCCCCCGAUGGGUCAGUCCCCACUUGUACCCUCUGCGGAAAGACUUUCUCUUGCAUGUACACGUUAAAGAGGCACGAGAGGACUCAUUCGGGGGAGAAGCCCUACACCUGUGGCCAGUGUGGAAAGAGCUUCCAGUAUUCCCACAACCUCAGCCGCCACGCAGUCGUGCACACCAGGGAGAAGCCCCACGGGUGCAAGUGGUGCGAGAGACGGUUCACGCAGUCUGGAGAUUUGUACAGACAUAUCCGCAAAUUUCAUUGUGGCCUUGUAAAGUCCUUGGUUGUUUGAGACGUGUGAUUUUGUUUUGGUUUUUUUUUUCAAUUUUUUAUUUUCUUCCCCCCCCUUAAAACAAAACAGGAAAAAAAGGCAGCAACUGAAUUAUUCCCCCCCCCCCCCUUUAUUUAAUUUUGGUGAUACUCACUUCAGGUAUAUGAUCUCUAAAAGAUGCAGAGGUAUACACUCCAGAGGCCUUUUAAUGCAGUCCUUCCACCUCUCCAGCUCCCCCCUUCUCCUGCCACCCUCCCUUCUCAGCUCUGUCCUUUAGGUCUUCUCUUGUGCGCCCAUGUUACAUUAUUAAUGUGAAAUGAUCUAAGUAAUUCUGCAAUGAUUUAGCAUCUGUUUUCAUGCUGGAAGUACUUGCUUCGUGGUCAGGGUUUUUUGGUUUGGUGGGGUUUUUUUUAGUUUGAAAAAAGAUUAUCAGCAAAUUCCGGAGAAAAAUUUUGGAUUCCAUUAAGCUCCCCUAAUGCUCUCUGCAUGUCGCAUAGAAACAUCCAAAGAGAUGAACUAUGAUUUAAAUACAUUUCAGUGUAGAGAAACUUGUCUGCAUAUCGCAGAGUAAGCAGACGUACUCUUAUUUUAUAGAGCUAGAUGAGACCUUAAAUUGGCCCAAAUCAUAAAGGGGGGUGAGGAUUCCUGGCUGUGUCUUUGGUACUGGUCAUUUUUUAUUCUCUUUAUUGUAUUAGAAUAGUUCUGCAAUUGGUCCUAAAAUCUGAAUGAGAAGUUUUUGCCUCAGGACUUGACUUAAAUUUUCCCCUCCCACCCAUCCUCCUCCCUGGGCUGACCUACUGAAAAGCUGCUUUUGAGCAUAAAACAUGGAUGGAAAAACUCUUUCUGUCUGCAGCAUAUUCACUCCUAAAAUGCUGGAGGAUGCACGCUAGGACAUACAUACACACACACACACACAAAAAAAAUAAUCAUAUGAUAUGUGAAUGUUUUCAUUCCCAUAUUGACACCCAGGGGCUGAUCCUCUCCCCUUUGGGGUGACAGCAGCCCUGAAGUGGCUAAAUAACCCCUCUUGCUAUCAGGCUCCCGGGGUGUGUCUUAAUUCAAGGUAACUCAUGCCAUGUGGGUUAGGAGAUGCCGUGCUAUCUUGUCUGAAAAGUUUGCUGCUAUGCUAAAAUCAGCAGCUUGGAAUUUAUUUUUUAAGAAGUUGGUGAUUCCCUCUGGGCCAAAUUCUGUGCAAUCGCCAGCGUUUUGAAGGGGCGGGAUGAAGAUAAACUGCUGGAGGAAAAACAUGGCCCAACUUUUUCCCCCAUGUCUCACCUUUUCAGGGGAGGUUUUUGGGGUAUUUUUAGGUGGGAUUUUUUUAGUUUGUUUGUAAACGGAGGCUGCCUGUAACUAACCAGUUUGACUCCAGAUAACUCCAUUACUUGCCUAAUAGAUCAUCCUUUGGUCUGUGCAUGUCAGUCAAUAUCAGAUUAUUCCCUUCCAGUCAGAUUACCCAUUCAAGGUACACAAGACUGAAAUAUAAUAAUAAUAAUAAUAAUAAUAAUAUCUGAGGGUUUUGAAUGUCUUUCUGCUGCGUUAGUGUUGCUUCACCAGCUUUCCUGACACUCCUGGAGUUCUUUUGUGAAACUUAAGCGUUUAUUUUAAAAUUAAUUUGAAGCACUGAGCUAGAUUAUUUUAAAAAGUUGUGCUUAAAACACUGUAUUUCAUUUUAUGAAGUAAAAAUAACCCAAUGCCUUCCCCUUCUGGUCCAAAAACUGAGCACUACCUACAUAAAUAAUAUGGGAUUGAUUUUUUUUUUAUUUUUAUUUUGACUUUUUAAAAUAAGUACUUCCUCUUUUAAAGAAAUUCAGGAUAUUGUUACAGCCUCUUAUUAUUCAUCUCUUAAACUAUGAAUGUACAUGUAAUGUGAAAUUUUGCUUCUAUUUAUAGUUUUGGGUUUUGUUUUCGGUCUAAUUUCUUGACUGUAAAAUAUUUUUGCUGAACCUGUUACAUAUGAAAGUUGUGGGAGAGUACUGUAUCUUGAACAUAAGUGGCUUUGGUACUGUGGUCUUAUUCUACUUAAUCAUUUUUUUUGCUGUUUUUUUUUUUCCUUUUUGCUGUGAUUGGAAAUAGCACUGAACAAAAUUACUAAAAUUAAGUUAUUUUUCUUUCUACUAAAAUUAAGUUAUUUUUUUCUCCUGAAGAUACUUGAUAUAGUAUUUAUUAGAUUUUUUUUUUUUUGAAGUGGAAUUAUUACUGUUAAUCUAUUUCGAAACUAGUUAAUUUACACUUCACUUUAAAUUUUAUAACAAUGGGUUUUGCAUGUUGAACAACAUGUAAAGAGUUUAAUGUAGAGUCGGCAUUACUGAAGAUGGUAAUCUUAAUUUUGCAUUCUUGUGACACUUUUUUUGCAUUUCAGUCUUCAAUUACUGUUUGGGUUUUUCUUUUUUUUAGAAGAACAUAAAAUAGGAUGUGCCAUAAGAACAUCGUUAGCGUAUGGAGCAGGGAAAAGUUGAAACAAGUUUGUGUCUGAUCUUAGUAUAGAAAUAAUUCAUUAAACAGAUGCUAUGAGCAUGCUCUGUACUGCAGUGAAUAUGGGGCAAAAGGUGUUUGUUUUGUUUUUUUUU